CCCCACUUCCUGGUUCAUCACGACAGCCCUUCCCCCAAAACCGACCAAUCAGCUCUGAGUCCGUGAUCUUCUGUUUUGAACCUCUUCCUCUCUCCACCGCGGCUGUCCCGAUGGUUCUGAAAGGGAUUCCCGCGGUGCUGUCUCCAGAGCUGCUCUACGCUCUCGCUAAGAUGGGCCACGGGGAUGAACUGGUUCUGGCCGAUGUCAACUUCCCGGUGUCUUCUGUGUGCGGUCACGGUCCGAAGGAGAUAAGGGCUGACGGUCUGGGAAUCCCUCUACUUUUAGAAGCCAUUUUGAAACUCUUUCCUCUCGAUACUUAUGUUUCCUGUCCGGCUGCAGUGAUGGCCCUGGUUGAGGCAGACGUCAGGAGCGGUCUGGAAGUCCCUGUAUGGAGACGUUAUGGCCAUCUUGUGAAUCAGGCUUUGCAGAUGCAGAAAUCCCUUGAACAAGUUGAGAGAUUCGCCUUCUAUGAGCGCGCUAAGAAAGCGUUUGCUGUUGUUGCAACCGGUGAGACGUCUAUCUACGGUAACCUGAUCUUGAAGAAGGGCAUCAUCCCGGCCGACCAACUGACGCAGUGAACGAGAAGCGUACGAGAUGAACGCUCCGGCGCAAAGCUGGUCAUCUCUUUCUUUGUUGGUCUGAGGAAGAAUGAUUCGUUGUUGGUUUUUUUGUCUGUAAUUGUAACUGUGAAUUUAUAUCUUUAUAAUAUAGGGAAGAUGCAAUUUGA